AUGGGAAGUGUCUACAUUUCGGACGACUCAAUGAUCUUCAUUCAGAAUGCCAGAUCCACCAAAAGCGGAGGUGGCUUCUCAACCAAAAAACGCCUGCGAGUGUCCAACAGCUCAGUUGUGAGCCUUGAGAACGUGACCGCCGGAAGUCAUGGAGGAGCUUUCACUGCCCUUGGAGAUGUUGAGAUAGCUGGCCACUCGAUGGUCAACAUGUCCAACAGUCACGCUGAAACAGGACAUGGUGGAGGUUUUGGCACUGAAAAGGGCUUGAAGGUGUCCAACGGCUCAAGACUCAUCAUUCGGAAUGCGACUGCUGGAAAUUCAGGAGGAGGAUUCUAUGCCAAGGGGAGGGCUUUGAUCAGCAGGUCCACAGUCAGCAUCCAAAAUGCCACGGCCCGGCAUGGUGGAGGUUUUAUCACAAUUGAUGAGGUUGUCAUCGAUGAGAUGUCAAGCGUGAGCAUUUCCAGUUCAAGAUCAGCAAAUCAGGGCGGAGGCUUCCAAGCGGAGGGGCACUUGCAGGUGACCAACACCUCAGUUCUCACCCUUCAGAAUGUGACCGCACAAAACUAUGGAGGAGGUUUCCUUGCCAUUGGAGAGGUUGAGAUAGCUGGGAAUUCGACAGUCAAUAUUUCCAACAGUUGAGCUGAAGCAGCAAAUGGAGGAGGUUUUGACGCUGAAAAGGAUCUGAAGCUGUUCAAUGACUCACGACUCAUUAUUCGGAAUGCGACAGCUGGAAAGUCUGGGGGAUGUCUUUAUAUGUUAAAGGCAGAAUAUCGAUCAGCAGUUCCACAGUUGGCAUUCAAGAUGCCACAGCCCGGCAGAGAGAGACUUUGUCUCUGUUUGAUUGAAACAUCAUUGCAUCUAGGCAUUCACGGGGUAAUGAUUCUUGGAUCCCCCUUGGAAUUUCCCUUACAGAAUGGAAGGGGUCGACCCCACUGGUUUAUA